AUGUUGCGCCCUCCCUUAUUCCUACUCUCAGUUGCCGUGCUCGUGUGUCUGGGCGGCAGCAGGCUGGCCAUACCGAAGCAUGGCGUAUCCCAAGAACACAACCAUCUAUCUACUGCAGUCACUGCCAUUGAUCAACUGGCAGUGGGCCUAGCUGGACUCGAAGAAGAAGACGUGACCAAGGGAGACAUUGGUUUCGCCAACCCAGCAAUAGUGCACGAUAAGCCGCGCAAACGAGACGAUGGUGACGAGACGGAGUCAGAUAUAUCUGAUUAUUCAGGCGAUGAUCUCCCACCGCUGGUCCCCGUCGUCACGACAGAUGGCAAGACGCUCUACGAGGAAUGUUCACAAGACCAGUGCGGUGACGUUUGCUCAGCCCACACGGCCAGCAAGAGAGCACUCGACCGAAGGCUCCCUCCCUGGCGCCCGAAGCCACCCUACGGCCAAUGGGUGAGUCCAGACGACUACGAGGACAAAAUAGGGAAGGGGAACACAAACGCAGAGAAGCUCGUGCGCGGGGAGGUCCACCGCGCCUGGGUGAAGCAGAAGGUCGUCCCGCUGACGCCCGCCAAAGAUGAUCCCAUUGCGAUGUCGACGCUGUCGCACAUCAUCAAGUUCGCCGACCAGGUGGACGAUCUCGGGGCCUUUGGCUUCUGGGGAUGCACGUCGGUGGUCGUCGUGAGCCGGAGGGGAGCCUGGGCCAACAGGAUCUUCGAGAAGCCGACUUUCCGGGGCGACCCGGGGUCCCUCUGGAAUGCGGGAAUAUUCAAGAGGAACGCCAUCCACGCACUACGGGAGGGUGUUGGGGAGGGCACGGCACACGCUUUUGGGAUCCCCCAUUUCAGGGCGAGGGGCGACAUGUUUGGCGACGAUGCCGAGCCGAAGGCCUUUAUCUACACACCCCGCCCGCGCCCCGACAAAAAAGACGCGAACAUCGACAAGGAGACCAACCAAGGCAAGCUCCUCUAUCCCAAGGGGGUCGAGGCGAUCAAGAAAGAAUUAGAAAAAAUCUUCGACGGGUACUCCUUAAACAUCGAGGUCGUCGACUACUCCCCGCUGAUGGCGCCGCCGGGCCUGUCCCAGAAGGAGAUCAACAACUACCGCGUCGACAAGGGCUUCGACACGGCCCGCGGCAAGUUCCUGGUCCAGUACCGGCCGGCUCCCGACUACAUGUCCCACGCCAGCUGGAGGAUUUGGUUCGAGGGCAAGGGGGGCAAGGGCGACGCGUGGAGCGACGAGUGGAAACCCGAGACUAGCAGCUCUUUCAACCAGGUCCUGAAGCCCAAGUAG